ACACACUUUAGAUAAGGACAAUUAGUCACCAGCAAGACCCUGUAGGAGCAGAGGUUUAAAUCAGAGGGAUUUAAUGAGGGUGCUCAGUGCCUUCCCUGAAGCCAUGCCCUCCAGCAACUCCUGCCCCCCCGCGUGCCUAGCCCCGGUGGCUCUCUCCUUGGCUCUGUUGCUCCAUCUCUCUCUGUCCUCCCAAGCUGGAGACAGGAGAUCCUUGCCUGUAGACAGAGCUCCAGGUUUGAAGGAAAAGACCCUGAUUCUACUUGAUGUGAGCACCAAGAACCCAGUCAGGACAGUCAAUGAGAACUUCCUCUCUCUGCAGCUGGAUCCCUCCAUCAUUCAUGAUGGCUGGCUCGAUUUCUUAAGCUCCAAGCGUCUGGUGACCCUGGCCCGGGGACUGUCGCCCGCCUUUCUGCGCUUCGGGGGCAAAAGGACCGACUUCUUGCAGUUCCAGAAUCUGAGGAACCCGGCGAAAAGCCGCGGGGGCCCCGGCCCGGAUUACUAUCUCAAGAACUAUGAGGAUGACAUUGUUCGAAGUGAUGUUGCCUUGGAUAAACAGAAGGGCUGCAAGAUUGCCCAGCACCCUGAUGUCAUGCUGGAACUCCAGCGGGAAAAGGCAGCUCAGAUGCAUCUGGUUCUUCUAAAGGAGCAGUUCUCCAAUACUUACAGUAAUCUCAUAUUAACAGCCAGGUCUCUAGACAAACUUUAUAACUUUGCUGAUUGCUCUGGACUCCACCUGAUAUUUGCUCUAAAUGCACUGCGUCGUAAUCCCAAUAACUCCUGGAACAGUUCUAGUGCCCUGAGUCUGUUGAAGUACAGUGCCAGCAAAAAGUACAACAUUUCUUGGGAAUUGGGUAAUGAGCCAAAUAACUAUCGGACCAUGCAUGGCCGGGCAGUAAAUGGCAGCCAGUUGGGAAAGGAUUACAUCCAGUUGAAGAGCCUGUUGCAGCCCAUCCGGAUUUACUCCAGAGCCAGCUUGUAUGGCCCUAAUAUUGGGCGGCCCAGGAAGAAUGUCAUCGCCCUCCUAGAUGGAUUCAUGAAGGUGGCAGGAAGCACAGUGGAUGCAGUUACCUGGCAACAUUGCUACAUUGAUGGCCGAGUAGUCAAAGUGAUGGACUUCCUGAAAACUCGCCUGUUAGACACGCUCUCUGACCAGAUUAGGAAAAUUCAGAAAGUGGUUAAUACAUACACCCCAGGAAAGAAGAUUUGGCUUGAAGGUGUGGUGACCACCUCAGCUGGAGGCACAAAUAAUCUAUCAGAUUCCUUUGCCGCAGGAUUCUUAUGGUUGAACACUUUAGGGAUGCUGGCCAACCAGGGCAUUGAUGUUGUGAUCCGGCACUCGUUUUUUGACCAUGGAUACAAUCACCUCGUGGACCAGAAUUUUAACCCAUUACCUGACUACUGGCUCUCGCUCCUUUACAAGCGCCUCAUCGGCCCCAAAGUCUUGGCCGUGCAUGUGGCUGGGCUCCAGAGGAAGCCACGGCCAGGCCGAGUGAUCCGGGACAAGCUGAGGAUUUAUGCGCACUGCACCAGCCAUCACAACCACAAUUAUGUCCGUGGGUCUAUUACACUUUUUAUCAUCAACCUGCACCGAUCAAGAAAGAAAAUCAAACUGGCCGGGACUCUUAGGGACAAACUCGUGCACCAGUAUCUGCUGCAGCCCUAUGGACAGGAAGGUCUGAAGUCCAAGUCAGUGCAGCUGAACGGCCAGCCCUUAGUGAUGGUGGACGAUGGCACCCUCCCAGAAUUGAAGCCCCGCCCACUGCGGGCUGGCCGGACAUUGGUCAUCCCCCCGGUCACCAUGGGCUUUUAUGUGGUCAAGAAUGUCAACGCUUUGGCCUGCCGCUACCGAUAAACCGCCCUCACGCUCGGUGGCUACCAGCGGGCCUGCUGGACGGCUUUCCACUCUUUUGCGCUAAUAGUAUCAUUAUUUUUCAAACAUCUUAACAACCAACCAGUCUCUGCUGCCCCAUCCUGCUGGAAUCAACACAGACUUGCCUCCAAAGAGACAAAUGUCACCUGUGUGAACUUAACCUUGGUGGGUCACCCCAAAGGAAAAGUGGACAUCGUGGGUUCUGUGUGAGGAUGAAGGCGUGGGUGUGGAACUGUGCAUGUACCCUGUGCACCACCUGCCACAGCUGACAGUGCACUCCCAGGACGACUGCCUCCUAACAAGUCUCAACCAUCCUGGUCACACAGCGACAGGACUAUGGACCUGGCUGAGCCUGGGCCUGCUGCCCUCAGCAGAAGAUGAAGAAGGACAGAACUGGGCAGACUUUCCUGAGUCCAGUCCUCCUCUCACUCCUUCCCUUUGUCUGUCCCCUGCUGUUGCUCAGGGCUUCCUAUCACCUCUCCCCCAGGGGGCACGCGGCGGCGAGUCAGUGCUGGCCUGCUGGGCGAGCUGUGUAUGUGAUUUCCCGCUGACGUAGGAGUGUGUGCAUCCGGGCUCCUGACAGUGGCAUCCAUCACCGGCUAUUCCUCUGGGAAGCGGGUCCUUCAAAAGUAAAAUUGCAAUCAUACUCCUGACUUUGUAAGAAGGUUCUAUUCCUCUGUGAAUCUGGAUUCCCCAGGGUUGGCAUGGGAGUCAGGUAACAAUAUUCAUUGAGUGGAGAGCUAUGUAUUAGGCACCACGAAAAGCAAUCACCAUCCAUCAUGUGGCUGUGCUGUGUGGGAGAGUUUUAGAAAGCGCACCAAACCAUCGACACAAGCAUACGUGUGCACACGCACACACACACACACACACACCCCCCAACUGGACAGACCUCAAAACUCAGAAGAUAAGAGUUUGUUGGGGCAAGCCCUUAACGGUUUGGUAUAAACCAAAAAAUUAUCACUAUAAGAACAUGGAGUCUAGUCUUCUUGCCUCUUCCUGGGCUGCUGUGAGCUCACCGUGGCACUUACUAGGCGGAAAGCAGAUCUGGCCAUCCCAGAUGACAGGGCCACGUGGUUCCAGAUGGACUUAUCUGAGCACAGAACAAGCUUUCAGUUCGCCAUAUUGGGGGAGGGGAACCUGGAGACCAAGGCCAGAUGGCAAUCUGUGGGAUGGUAGUGGGAAGCUCCAGCAUGGGGUGUGAAUGGAUAAGGUCAUGUAAGUUCUGGAUGAGGACCUUCCAUGUGCUUCAAGGUGUAUGUGGGUCUUUGCAAACAAGCCACACUGAAAUGACUUUCUUUUCUGUGUGGGUGAUUUUCUUUCUUGGGGUAAAUGGCAUGGAUGAUGUUUUUUCCAACAGAAGUGACAUUUGACAAUGUCAGGACUCCAAUUUCUGCUGUUGUGAAAGGAUAGAAUUGGAGGGGGAGGGGAGACGUCUUAAGAUGGCCAACAAAGCAACCGGAAGGUAAGAGAUAGGAGGUGGAGUAGACAAGAGAAAAGGUAGAGCCUGCUCGGCUGGAGGACUGAGAACUUGGGAGAGAAGCUGCAGACAGGCUCAUCUCAUAAGCAAGGAAGAGAGUGGACUUGAUUUUCAACGUGUUCGUUAUUAGAUAUAAGAGGAACACUACAUAGAAGAUGUAUGCUUAGGCAUGCAAAAAAGGGGAAACUGAGGCCAGGGCUGAGCCUGGUCAGUGGUGUGCUGGGCCUAGGAGCAACUGCAGGUGGUGCAGAGCCUGCUGUGUGGCUCAUGGCUACCCAGGGGGCCCCUUCUCUAGAAGCACGCACCUCCCACUUAAGCCUCAGCCCUAGAGGGGAGGAGGCAGAGGUGCUAAGAAAGGAGGAGAAGCAGCAGAGGAAGGCAAGGAGGAGAGAGGCAAAGAGAAAGAGAGAUGAAGUUGUUCUCAAACUGUCAAAAAAUGUGCAGACAUCAAAAUCUCUUCCUAAUGUGGGUGCAAGUACAACUGCUGGGCCCUGGUACAGCAGGAAUUACCAGAAGUCCCUGUGGGCCCAGCCCCAAAGGAGUUAGUAUUAUUACCCCCAUUUUUCUAUGAGGUGUGGAGAGGGUCUCUCGUUUGUCCACGGUCACCCAGGAGAAUGGGUUACUGAACUGUAAUGAUCCAGAGCCUGUUCGGCUAAUGGCAAAGUUCAGUGGCUGCCCAAUUCACAGACGCACUACCUUCACCUCUCCAUAAGCUCUGCUAAUUCAGUGCCACCAGGGCCUCCAGCGUGCCAUUCAAACACUGCAAAUGUGUGCUGAUUCUUUACUCAGACUCUGCACUUGCAGAAGCCAGGCAGCUCCUGCUUCUUUGGUCUUUCCCUGCAUUUUAGAUCCUGCUCCUAAGAGGUUUAGGGGUUUUUAAAUUAAUAAAGGGGGAGGAGGGAAUCUGUAAAAUUUAUCUUUGGAAUCCUGCGAGUCUAACUUUGCAACUGUCUCAUGGAAGAAGUAUCUGCAUUGUUCAGAGGUUACUGAAACACUCACUACAGGUUUUAGCACAGGACAUCUAUCCUGGCUUUUCCCUUCUGAGAUGGGGGUAAUUACUAAGUCAGUGGGGAUGUCUCCUUGUAAGGGGUCCCCUCAUCAUAUUCCCGGAAACAGACAGCAUGUGGCAAACUCAACACCAUGAUCCACACGAGCUGCUUGCCUUGUCCUGGGGCCCAGGACAAAGACCUCAUCCACCAGGUCAGACUUCUCUUCCUAAAACAAGACAUGGCUGAGAUAAUCUAAGACUUAAGAGUCACUUUAUUUUGAACAAAGAAUGGGCUUGUGGGAAUGCUCAUUUGAAAGCAUAAUAAUGUGUAAAGAGAAGUCUGCGCCUUUUGUUGAAAUGAUUUUCUGCUCUUCCUGCCUCUAGGAAUGAUUUUCUUUCUCCUUCCUUAUCGCAAAGGCUCAGAAGAAAUUCGCAUUAUUAUUAGAAGAGAAAGUCUCAAUUCUUCUAGUGCCCAGAAAAGCCUGCAAUUGUGGGAUAUUAGCAUUCUCUUUCAUUAGAGAAAAGCUUGGGAGUUAAAAAAAAAAAAUGAACUGGGCUGCAGUGAGACUAAGGUCUGGGACUCCCAGAACUGCCUUCUGCAGCCCCAGCCCCUCCCCAGCAGUAAAGCAGUCCGGGGGCACAUAGGUCCAUGCCCUGCACCUUCAGACGGGGCAGAAGCUGUGGGCAGA